UAGCAGGCCAUCGUCAACAUCGUCCUCAGCACCGGAAAGUAGCGAUGCAUCAAUUGUUUCUCGGAAAAAUAAGGCUCCUGCUACACGACGCAACGUGGUUCGCGAACGAAGAAAGAUGAAUCGCAGAAAAAGUAGAGACACUUCCUCGGCCUCGGAAGCUGAGUCUGAC